CGUACAAUCAUCUAAUUGAAUUUUGUGCAUCAAACGAGUAAGAUUGCUAAAUUUUUUUUAUAACUAUGACAUCAUUAAAGGGUAAAGUGGCUUUAGUUACCGGUGCCAGUUCAGGAAAUGGACAAGGAAUUACACGAGCUCUUGUGAAACAUGGAAUGAUUGUUGUAGGUGUGGCACGUCGAUUAGAUCGUUUAGAAGCUUUAGCCAAAGAAUUGAAAAAUGAACCUGGUAAAUUUCAUUAUCUUCAAGUCGAUAUGUUGAAAGAAGAUCAAAUUUUGAGCGCUUUCCAAUUUAUUAAAAAAGAAUUUGGAGCGUUACAUGUUCUAGUUAACAAUGCUGGAGUUGCACGAAAUACUAGUUUAUCAGAUGGUGACACCAAAUUGUGGAAAGAAGUGCUUGACACAAAUAUACUUAGUUUAGCAAUUGCUACUCGUGAAGCUGUCCGUAUGAUGGAAGAAACUAAAGUUGAAGGCUACAUUGUUCAUAUAAACAGUAUCUUUGGAUUAACAGUCCCAUAUAAAGUUGGUAAAGACUUAAAUAUGUAUGCAACAAGCAAAUAUGGUGUUACAGCAAUGACGGAAGCAUUACGAUUAGAAAUUUUAAAUAAAAAAUUAAAAAUUCGUGUAACCAGUAUUUGCCCAGGUGUUGUUGCUACUGAAUUACUUCAAGCAGCAAAAAUGGAGAAAUUCGGUGAACAAUUCAAAGAUAAUCCGAUCUUGAAAACAGAAGAUAUUGCUGCUACAGUUAUCUUUUUAAUUACAUUACCUGGCCAUGUUGAAAUUCCUAGUCUUACUAUUCGACCAUUAUGGGAACAAUUUUAAGGGCAUCAACGACGGA